AUGAAGAGGCCCUACAUCCAUGAACCAAGCACGUAUCGAAAAAGUGAUGUCAUUCUCAGAUCCUCUGCCAAGAGACGAAAGCGUCGCAGCAGUAGCAGUAGGGCGAAGAAGACGGAAUGUCCACUGACAGCAUUGAACCUGCAGCGACGAAAACUACGCUAUGCUUCGGAAGUCCAAGUCUGCACCACGAUUCCGAAUCGAAGGCAAAUUUCUUUGGAAGAACGAAAUGCCACGUGGAUUAGUGGCAAAGAAUUCCGACACAUGCAAAAGGAGACAGCCAACAUCAUUGAAAGACUCGAAAAAUGUUUCAAGCAUGCUUCGUUUUCUUCUCUCUCAGCGGUCUCUGACCUGAAUCCUCCCCCCAUUAGUACUACUUCUUCUUUGAGUAUUAUUCCGGAAGAAUCGCCAGUAGAGCUGGCAACCAUUCCUUCUUUUGAAAAUGAUUCAAAGGAGGGGAAGGAGAUCAAUGAUUGCGUCCGUGGUUUGGAACAGCAUACUAAAUUGUACCUUGGAACCAAACUUGCCGUUCAGCGCCUCAUGCACGAAUGCGUCGAAAAGAUUCGGCUCUUGGAAAAAAAGCAUAAGCACGACUAUGGAGAUGUUUUGGCUCAGUUGUGCCAAGUCUGUUCGGCCACGGCGGUCGCCAAUGCCUUGGUACUCGGUGCACGAGAUGCAAAAGAAGCAGGACAUCAUCCUGCCGCUACUCCCACAAUAUAA